AUGCUUACGGAGCCGGGCUCACUGAUUGGUGGAUCAACUUACGGAGCAUGGGCUGGUUCAGAUCAUGGAAAUAUUGUGGCAGGGAUAUCAGCUUGUGGAGUCAUGAUGAACAACAUAGUACCGACAGCUUCAAACCUGAUGAACGAUUUAAAGACCGGUUACCUUACAUUGUCAUCCGCAAGGGCUAUGUUUGUGAUUCAAACACCUACGGGCUGCUUGGUUUCCCUCUGCGUGUUCUGGCUUUCUCGGCCUCCCAAACUGAACCGUUUGCUACUGUGUACCAAAAGUAUGGCUAAAGUAGAGCUGAAGGUGUCUCGUCUCUACCAAGAGACUGUCUGUGUUGUGGUGUGCGACGCGUUUCUCGGUGUAGGCAUACAUACGCGUAAACAUGGUCUUUCUAUCAAACUAUUCCCACAGUCCAGCAGAAACCUCUCCAGAAGAUUAAGAGUCCAUGGUACAAAGGUAAAAGUGAAGGCAAUACAGUCUAAUGAAGUUGAGAAACCUCUGUUCAUGUCAACUACAAGUGAGUCUGUCUUGGCUGGCUAA